UUGGCGAUUAUUGUUUUUAGUGGCAACGAUUUCUAGAGUGUUAAAUCCAGCUGAAAUCCUACUACGAGAGAAAUAUUUUGUGCUCAAUUAACUGAUAUUUGUCGAGUUGCAAAGUUGAUUCUCUUUGUGUGAAAUAUUUAAACAUAAAUUGAUUUUGAGGCUCUGUGAUUUCCGUUGAUUGUUCAUAAAGGCUUACCUUUAGUGAUUCACUUUCAUUUUCUUAACUUUUACUUUGUUGUUCACAAUGGGACGCGCCGAAGCAGGGACACCAAAAGCUAUUUCCAAUGCUUUAAAAAGUAAGGGACUUCAGCGAUUACGCUGGUAUUGUUCUGCAUGUCAGAAGCAAAUGCGAGAUGAAAAUGGAUUUAAAUGUCAUACCCAAAGUGAAAGCCAUGUUCGGCAAAUGAACCUUAUCGGUGAAAAUCCAACAAAAUAUAUUCAAAACUAUUCAAGUCAGUUUUUGCAUGAUUUUAUCACUCUUUUACGGACAUCUCACGGAGAAAAAAAGAUUCAUUUUAAUCAAUUCUAUCAAGAGUACAUCCGCGACAAAAAUCAUAUUCACAUGAACGCUACCCGUUGGCAUACUUUAUCCGAAUUUUGCAAAUAUCUGGGCCGUGAGGGUAUUUGCCGUGUUGAGGAAACGGAAAAGGGGUUCUUUAUUGCAUAUAUCGAUAAGAAUCCCGAAGCUUUGAAAAGAGCUGAUGCGCUGAGACGUAAGGAACUUCAAGACAGAUCAGAUGAAGAGCAGAGACAACGGUUGCUUAAAGAACAAAUUGAAAGAGCCCAUCGUCAAACAGAACUAAAUAAAACAGAUGUUCCUCGAAUUCUCGAACGUAAACAAUCAGAGCCUAUUCAAUUAAAAGUUGUCUCGAAAUUACAGCCCGAAGCUAAUUCGGCCGCAACUAAGAAUGCGGAGGCCAUAAAAGGAAUAAACAUUUCCAUGUCAGCGCCUACGACAAAACCAACGGCCUCAAAACGCAAAAAUGUAUUCUCUUCAAUGGGUAAACGGAAACAUCCCUCUGGUUCAGCUGAACAUGCACCCGACAAAAGACGACCUCCUAGCGCCAUUGAAGAAAUUAUCUCCAGAGAAACUCGGGGGCGACGCUGAAUUGGUGAAUUUCUAUAGAUAAAUUUUUGUUUCUAUUCACGAAGCCACUUACAUCUGCUAUUUGUUUGUGAAUAAAUUACCAAACUGGCAUUAAUGAAUUAAUUUUGUUCGUUACAUACGUUUAUUCCAUAAUGAAUUUGUUCAAACCGUUGAAAGUAUAGUUACAGUUCUUUGGUCAUCCAUAAUACAACGACAGAACAUCAUCGAGAUUAUAAACUCAUUACGAUUUCGAAGUGUGUACCCGGAAAUUCCAUUUACUAAGGUUUGUCUAUUCUUGUC